AUGGAUAACGACGUGGUAGCUCAGUUUACUGAGAUCACCAGCUCCACGCCGGAGCUGGCCAUACAGUAUCUGCAGAUCACUGAAUUUCAAAUCGAACAAGCGAUGCAGCUCUAUUUUGAGAACGGAGGUGCUCCUCUAACUGCUGAACCAUCUCAACCUACCGCUCCAACCGGCUUCUCGAGUUCAGAUCGGGAGGUGGUGAAUAUCGACUCCGACUCUGAUGACGAAACCACAUCCGCGAACCGAGUCCACCACCCCACUAUGCCGGCCAGUGGAGGCACGUUUGACGAUGACGAAGCGAUGGCCCGACGCCUCCAACAAGAGAUGUAUGGUGGUGGUCAGGAUAAUGAAGAGGAAGUGAGGGCGCCGAUGGCACGAACAACAGAGACAUUGGUGGGGCCCGGUGCGGACUUUGACAGUGGUGAAGACAUGCACACGGAUAUCCUUAGCCAACUACGAGCUCGUCAACGAGGUGGUCGCCCCGGUAUCUUCAACCAGAGAGAAUCCUCCUCAAUAUGGACCGGCGGGGAAGAAGCUCGUCGCGAAGAACUUUCUGUCGCCACCGGAGGUGCUUCGGAAGUCUCAUCCAAGUCUAACAUGCUUGCUGAAAUGUAUCGUCCUCCCUUUGAGAUCAUGUCGCGCCUUUCUUGGGACGUCGCGCGAGAUGAAGGAAAGGAAAACCAGAAAUGGUUAAUCGUUAAUGUUCAAGACGCCUCAGUCUUUGACUGCCAGGUUUUGAACCGCGAUUUGUGGAAGGACAAAGGUGUGCAAGAGACCAUCAAAGAGCAUUUCAUCUUCAUUCAGUACUCGAAGGACGACCCUCGUGCAUCUUCCUAUCUCCAGUACUACUUCCAAGGAAGCGACGUCUCCGACAAUUACCCCCACAUUGCCAUCGUGGACCCUCGAACCGGUGAACAGAUGAAGGUCUGGUCUGGACCACCUCUGAUGAAGCCCGCUGAUUUUUUAAUGCAACUUCACGAGUUCCUUGAUCGGUACAGCUUGAACCACAAUGUGCGCAACCCCGUGGCGAAGCGGAAGUCGGACAAGAAAGAUAAGAAUGUGGAUGCAAUGACCGAGGAGGAGAUGAUGGAGAUGGCAAUGAGAAACAGCCUGGGGGCAGCAGCUUCGGGUCAAACGGUCGAGGACCCUGAUGAUCUCACCCGAAGCACUGAAGAUGUCAAGGGCAAGGCUCGAGCCACUGAUGAUGUGGAUAUGGAUGAUUCCGAGGAAGUUGCUGUUGGUGAAGCCUCUGCAUUCUCAGCGAUUCCUACCAACCAACCGCAUGUUGAACCAGCCAAUGACCCAGCUACCACUACACGUAUUCAAUUUCGCCAUCCAUCCGGCAGAGUCAUUCGCCGGUUCGCAGUUUCAGACCCUGUCCAGCGCAUUUACGAAUGGCUCAAGGCGGAGCCACCUGUGGCGGACAAGGCCGGUGUGGAGUUUGAGCUGAACAACAUGGGUAAAAACCUCAUCGAUCAGCUCAACAUCAGCAUUGCAGAUGCAGGAUUGAAGAACGGUACUGUUAAUAUCGGAUAUCUGGAAGAAUAA